AUGCUUCUAUUCAGACCGCGCUCUUAUGUCGCUCGAAUUCCUUUGCUCUCCCCUCAUCCACCCGCUUCUUCGUUCCGUCUCCUUGCCGAGGAAACGUCGACGUGUCCAGUCCGUGCGAGCGACUCGGUCGAGCGAGUUCAGACGGCAACGGGCGUGGUGCAGGUGACGGUGUGCGGCGAUCGCGGCAACCCGCCUCUCAUCACCUAUCACGACGUUGGGCUCAAUCAUUCCACGUGCUUCCAAGGCCUCAUGCUCUGCGCCGACACUUCCGCGCUGCUUCUACGAAACUUCUGUAUAUUCCACGUCGACGCGCCGGGUCACGAGGAGGAUGCGGAGGAGAUCCCCUCAUCACAGCCGCUGCUGCGCGCGGACGAUCUGGCGGAGCAGGUGGCGGAGGUCGCGCGCCACUUCGCGCUCGCUGACGUCACGCUCAUGGGCGUCACUGCGGGCGCCUACGUCCUCACGCUCUUCGCUUUAUCCCACCGCCAUCUGGUGCGCGGGCUCAUUCUCGUGUCUCCUCUGCUCUCGCCGCCCUCCUGGUCCGAGUGGGCGCACAACAAGGUAACCAUGAGCGUUCUCUCCUAUUACGGCAUGACGUCAUACAUCAAGGACUCGCUAUUCGAUCGAUACUUCUGCCCCGCCACGGCAGGCUUCCACGGGCCGGCAUCAGAUGCGCUCAUGUCCUUCCGCAGGGAGCUAGAUUAUCUUGAGCCAGAGAAUCUCAUGCGCUACUUCUACGCCAUUCAGAGGCGAAGGAACCUGCUGCCUCUGCUGGCGGCGCUGCAGGUGCCAGUGCUGCUGGCGGUGGGUGACUCGUCCCCCUUCAACCCCCAAGCGCGCUCCGCCUUCCACCACCUGCACGCCCAGACCUCUGCUGCUUUUUACGAAAAUCCGCUGCUUGCUCCUGGCGCCUCUGUUUGCUCCUCCUCAACUGCUUCUCCAUCUCCCUCUCCCUCCUCCUCUCCCUCGCCUUCGCCCUCUCACUCUCACUCUGACUUUCUAUCUGAGGAGGAGGAAGGGGGGUUGGAACAUUCGGAAGAGGUGGGUGGAAGGGAUGCGAGGGGCAGAAGGAGCAAAGGUGGGUCAGCCGCAGUGGCUGAGUGCGACAGGGUGGGAGGAGGGAGGAGGUGUGAUGGGGAGUUACGGCGAGGGCAGACGGGGACUGAAGGUGCUGUCACGUUGGCUGUGGACGGGGAGGGGGAUGGAGGCAGGGAGGAGAGGCGGGCAGGGAUAGAGGAGCGGGAAUGGGAGGAGGGGAGUGCGAGUGAGAAGGGGAGGGAGAGUGAGGAGGAGAGCAGAAGGUGUGCAAGGGAAGGAGCUAGCAGUAACAGCAGGUGCGAGAGUGAAGAGUUCAGUAUCAGCAGUAGCAGGUGCGAGAGUGAAGGGGGUAGCAGCAGCAGGAGCGUGGUGUGGGUGGAGGUGGAGGCGUGUGGCUCGCUGGUCACAGAAGAACGACCCCACACGCUCCUCCCUGCCCUCUGCCACUUCAUCUCACAGCUCUGCCCAGCUGUCAGCCACCCGUGGGACAGCUGUCAGCGUGCGGAGAUAGGAGCGUGUGCACCAUGGGAGGGUGGGUCGGCAGAAGGAACGGAGCAGGGGGGUUGGGAAGGGCAGGAGAGUGAGCAGCAGGGUCAGCAGGAAUGGCAGCGUCAAGAGCAGUGGGCAAAACUCGUGAAUGCGCAGCAGCAAGAGCAGCAGGAUGAGCAAGCUGCAGUGCGCUUGUCGUCGACAAGGCUUCGCAGCCACCGCAACUCGGCCUUCUGCAUCCCGUUCUUCCAACCUACCUCCUCUCAGCAACAGCAGCAGGAGCAGCAAGACCAGCAGCAGCAAUCCCAUGCCCACACCUCCAGAGUAUCCCACCUCUCCUGCACACUCCUGUCCCCUACUCUCUCACACCCCCUCAAGUCACCAUUCGUCUCAGGCUCCCACCUCCCCUCUCCCUCCUCCUUCCCGACCCUCAUCUCCCCUUCCUCCUCCUCCCCCUCUACCUCAACCCCCUCCCUCUGCACGCCCUUCUGGACCCCGGCGUGCACCCCAGCUGCUUUGUCGCCUACCUUCACCCCAGCUGCUGUGUCACCUGUGUGCAUUCCUGCACCUGCGCUCAGCCACCCACCCAUGGCCAACCACAGCAGCAGCAGCGGCAGCAGAAGCAUGUCGGCAGCAGUUGGGCCGGUGGUGCCACAGCCAUUGGCAACAGCUGCAGUAGCGAAAGGAUUUGGGCAGCAGGCAUGUGCAAGGGAGUGUGGGGGGCACAUUCCGGUGUGGCAGCGUAGGGAGGAUGUAUUGGUGAGGCAGCAGCAGCAGGAGCAGCAGCGAGAGAGGGAGUGGGAAAGGGAGAGGGAGAGGGAGUGGGAAAGGGAGAGGGAGAGGGAACAGAUGCUUCUGGAGGUGGAGAGGAGGAAGCUGCAGCCGGUGCGCACGAGUGGCGAGACGAGGAGGUGGGAGGAGGAGCAGGAGGCACAGGGGAUGGGGUUUGAACAAGUGUGUGGGUCACCCACAAGCUGA